UCUCACAGUCUCGCUGUCUUGCUGUUCUUGCUGUCUAUCUGUCUGCCAAGAGAAGCAAGCACCGAGGAAAAAGGUUCAACGGAGAGAUAGUCUUUUCGCAAUUGGUCCACGCUCAGUCCACAGAGGAGGUUUGUCGUGAAAAGUUGUCACAAAAUCCGUCGAAAGUGCUGCACGCGUGCGUUCUGAUGGUCGUGCGUGGAAAAAUUUUGGUGCCUUUUUCGGUCGACAAACUAUCAUUCUGCACGGUGAAACGUGAAUAUUUCCAGCAUUACACGCCCUCCGCAGACGGGUGUGUUGGAAAAUUGGGUGAAAACGCGGUGAAAAGUGCUUUUAAUCAGGAUCGUAAAUCUCAAGUGGCGAUCGUUUGAGGCGCAGAAGAAAAUUCCUAACCAAAGUGCGCUCGCUUGACAGUGAAUAUUUUCUUGCAAAUCUCAACAAACAUAGAAGCCAUCCCACUUUUGGAUGACAACAAACCGUAAACUGCUGUCGCUAGCAUAGAUUCCCCCGAGUUCCAAUCCAAUUAUUGUGCUAACGGUUGGCUGGAUUUGGAGCCACAUUACGUAACAACUUAGGAAGCGAGAAAUAAAAGUGUCAUCUGUCAGCUACUGUCAGUGUCAGCUGCUUUUCGCGUGCAUAUUGCACGUACACACAUACACACAUACACACACACAAAGUGGUCGCUUAGUGGCGUGGAAAAACGAUGAUGGUGGCUAUUUGAAUAUCUUUUCCUUCUACAGCUGUCAGAAUGAUGGAUAGAAAAAGAAUUUUCUUCCUACUGGUGCUUGUUUUGAGCACAAAUUUCGACGUUUUGGUCGCAUACAACAGCGAUGCGGAUGAAACUGUAGAACACAUCAAUAUUGGCGGUCUGUUCGACGGUGACACCGAUGAUGCUUCCCUCGCUUUCCAAUACGCGGUUGAGGCGGUAAACAACGAGCAGCUAUCAUAUUCCAACUAUCGGCUGGAGGCCCAUCCGGUAACGGUUAAAUACGGUGACCAGUUUGAUGCGUCCAAGAAGCUGUGUAAAUUACUAAAGACUGGUGUGGCAGCCAUCUUCGGCCCGAGUUCUCCCAAGGCAGCCGUCCACGUACAGAGCAUUUGCGAUGAGAAGGAAAUGCCCCACAUCGAAACCCGCUGGGAUCCCCACACCAGGGUACCAACGCUGAACAUCUAUCCCCAUCCGCACGUUUUGGGCCGUGUCUUCCUCGAUUUGGUGGUGGCCUUCGAGUGGGAGGACUUCACAAUCAUCUACGAGUCCGGACCGUGGUUGCCGAGCAUCUCGGACCUACUGAAAAUGUACGAUCCCAAGGGGUACACCGUCACCGUACGCCAGCUGGAUCUAGGACUGAACGGCAACUAUCGACCGGUGUUGAGGCGGGUCAAACAAUCCGACGAUAAGCGCAUCAUCCUCGCCUGCUCCAUCGAAGCCAUGCCGGAGGUGCUGAAGCAAGCGCAGCAGGUCGGCUUGAUGACCGAUCACCAUCAGAUCAUCAUCACCUCGCUUGAUCUGCACACCAUAGAUCUGGAGCCGUACCAAUACAGUGGAACGAACAUCACCGGCGUUCGUUUGAUCGACCCGGACGAGGAGAAGAUACAUCAGGUCACAGAGUUCCUGAACGCGUCGCAAAUUUCCAAAACCCUGGAUCUGAAGGAGGGUUUGAAUCCGGCGACUAUGCGGGUGGAAACGGCGCUUAUCUACGAUUCGGUUCUACUGUUCGCCGAAGGACUGCGCUAUCUGAUCGGGAUCGAUCCUCCCCAUCUGCUGGAACCGGUCUCGUUGAAGUGCGAAGAUGAAACCACCUGGAAGAGUGGUUACAGUGUUAUCAACUACAUGAAAACAUCAACCGUUCACGGGCUGACUCGGAUGGUCAAGUUUGACCAUGAAGGUUAUCGGACGGAUUUUUUGCUGGAUAUUACGGAACUUGGCCCGGCGGGGUUGGAGAAAGUGGGUGUCUGGAAUUCGACGGAAGGACUGAAUUUCACCCGGAAGAAGGAGCAUACGGCGCUAGCCUUUGACGAUGGCACUCUGCAGAACAGAACGUUCAUCGUGCUCACCGCUCUUUCUCCUCCGUACGGAAUGUUGAAAGACUCGCCCACCAAGUUAUCCGGCAACGAACGGUUCGAGGGUUUUGGCAUCGAUCUCAUCAACGAACUUUCGCUGAUGCUUGGGUUCAACUAUACCUUUGUGCUGCAAGAGGACGGAAUGUACGGUUCGUUGAACCGGGAAACGGGAAAAUGGAACGGGAUGGUGCAGGAAUUGCUGGAUUGGCGCGCUGAUUUGGCUAUAACCGAUUUGACCAUCACUUCCGAACGGGAAAGUGCUGUGGAUUUUACAAUGCCAUUCAUGAAUCUUGGAAUCUCCAUCCUCUAUCGCAAGCCAACGAAGGAACCCCCAUCGCUGUUCUCCUUCAUGUCUCCAUUCUCGAAACAAGUUUGGCUGUAUCUGGGAGGCGCCUACAUGAUGGUCUCGAUGUCAUUCUUCAUUCUGGGUCGCCUCUCACCCAAGGAGUGGGACAAUCCAUAUCCGUGUAUUGAGGAGCCCGAGGAGCUCGAGAAUCAGUUUAGCUUCAGCAAUUCGAUGUGGUUCACCAUUGGUGCCCUGCUGCAGCAGGGCUCCGAAAUUGCUCCCAAAGCCUGCUCGACCCGUACCGUAGCCUCAAUUUGGUGGUUCUUCACGUUGAUCAUGGUAUCGUCCUACACUGCCAACCUGGCGGCCUUCUUGACCGUCGAGCAGGUUCAUUCGCCGAUCAGCAAUGCGGAAGAUCUGGCGGCCGCGAGUGGCACCAUCAAGUACGGUGCGAAGCGAGAGGGCAGUACCUACAACUUCUUCAAAGAUGCCGAGUACAAGACGUACCAGAAAAUGUACAAAUACAUGAUCGACAAUCCGGAUCUGCUGACUUCGUCCAACCCGGCGGGGUUGAAUCGCGUGAAGACGGAGAACUAUGCGUUCUUGAUGGAGUCAACCUCGAUCGAGUAUAUCAUUGAGCGGGAGUGCGAUGUGACACAAAUUGGUGGAUUGCUAGAUGACAAGGGGUACGGAAUUGCGAUGCGGAAAAACUCACCGUAUCGCAGCGCCUUGAGUGAGGCGGUCUUGCGACUGCAAGAACAAGGUGUCCUAACCUCACUGAAACGUAAAUGGUGGAAGGAAAAACGAGGCGGUGGAGCGUGUUCGAAUGCAUUGGAGGAAAGUGGAGCUCUUGCACUGGAACUUGCUAACGUAGGAGGAGUGUUCGUUUUGCUGAUCGUGGGCUGCGUUGUAGCGCUGUUCAUAAGUUUCUGCGAGUUGCUCUGUGACGUGCAUAGCCGCUCGCGAGAGUUCAAGCAAGGUUCGGCCGACGAUGGAGCCGAAGAGCUCGGGAUGGACAACGUGGGCGGUGUGUUCUUCGUGAUGUGCGUGGGUUGUACCAUGGCCAGUGCGAUCGGUUGCUGCGAUCUGCUGUGUAACGUCAUGAAACGAGCUCGACGGUACAAGGUUCCCUUCCGCGACGAACUGCUCGACGAGAUGCGUUUCGUGAUCAAGUGCUCGGGUAACACGAAACCGGUUCGCCACCGGAAGAGCUCAUCCGGCUCGAGAAAUUCGAUCGAGUCGGCCCUCUCGGAGCAGUCGGUCGGUUCCAAGCUUGAGAUGUCUCCCGUCAAUGGCAACCACCAGCAGACGAUCGGAAAAUCGUCCUUCAACACACGAUCGAACAGACAGAGGACGGUAACAAUGGAGGAUUGAUUCGUUGGUCACCUGCAGUUUCGUUACUAUUACCAUUAGCUGAAUAGUGUAACACGUGUAUGUAUUACUAAUACAAUCGAUAGUCAAAUGGUCGGAAAAGGCAAAUAUGAGUUCAAAUUAAAAAGACAGUUUUCUUUCAUGGGGCCUAUGAGAUGCUUGUUUAGAAAAUCUUCACAAAAAGUAUGUAUUUUUUCAGAAACGAACACGCAGUCCUAAAUAAACAGUAGCGCUUAUUGUGUUUCGGAAAUUUCCGAAGAAAUAAACAAACAGUUGUCUAACAUAA